CAGAAUCAUUAGUAGACAUGGUAUAUCAUUCCAUUGUUAUGCUGAUGAUACACAGCUUUAUCUAAGGACAACCCCCACCUCUUCUUCUCCCUUGCCAGCAUCCUUACUGACCACAUGCCUGGAGGAGAUAGAGACAUGGAUGAAGCUCAACUUCCUUCAGUUGAAUAGCUCAAAGACGGAGGCCAUCUUAAUUGCCACACCACAUCAGCUCCGCUUUUCAACUAUUAACAGUAUCACUUUCUCUGGCCAAAACAUCACCCUUUCCACAUCUGUCACCAAUUUGGGUGUUAAAAUGGACUCUCAACUCACCUUUGACACCCACAUCAAACACCUCUGCAAGACAUCAUUCUACCACCUCAAGAACAUUGCCAAACUCCGCCCAUUACUCAACCUGGCAGAUGCAGAGAAGCUCGUCCAUGCCUUUGUCUCCUCCAGGCUGGACUACUGUAAUGCACUCCUCAUCGGGAUCUCUGGCAAAAGCAUCCAGCGACUACAGUACAUCCAGAACAGCGCUGCCAGAAUCCUGAUGAGGGAACUCCUCAACCAUCACACCACUUCACGCACCCUCCGAUCAGCAAAUACAAACACUCUAAACAUCCCUAGAACCAAGCUCUGCAGCAUGGGUGGUAGGGCCUUCUCAUCGGCUGCUCCGAGAUUAUGGAAUGCCCUCCCUGAACACCUGAGGGCACCACAAACUAUUGAUGUUUUUAAAAAAAACUUAAAAACAUAUCUUUUUAAGAAAGCUUUUUACUGAAUGUUAUUUUAUAAUUGCUUUUCUCUUUAAAAACUAUUUUAUCUUGCAUUUUUAUAUAUGCUUUGUAGCACUUUGAGAUUGCUGUAAUGUAAAGUGCAAUACAAAUAAAAUGUAUUAUUAUUAUUAUUAUUAUUA